GAAUUCCGUUCACUCAGACCCGCGCCCGUCUCGCGGCCGCACGUAUUACAGUGUCGCGACGCAAUACUAUCAACUGCAGUGUUUCAGUGAUUGAGUGUCAUGUGAUAGUGUAUCGUUAAAAAUGGAGUCGACGCCGAUCUGUCGGUGCCGCGUGCUGUACCUGGGCUCAGCGGUGCCGCAGCAGAGCAAGGAUGGUUUACAGGGAAUCCAGGAGCCUUUGCGCGAGCUGUAUCCGGAAAAAGGAGCGACCACCGGCGGAAUAGACUCGUGGCUUUCGGUUUGGUCGAAUGGAAUCUUGCUAGAGAAUGUCGACGAGAGUGGCUCUAGGGUGUCGAGGUUUUUUCCGAUUUCGAGUUUACAUUACUGUGCCGCCGUGAGACGUGUGAGUGUCGAGGGUGCGCCUAGAUUUUUACCAUUGGAUUCUCCGUUCGCUAGAGCACCAGCGCCGCGGCGCCCUCCUUUAUUUGCGGCAGUUUUGCGUCGCACGCAGGGUAUUAAGGUUCUAGAAUGUCACGCUUUUAUUUGCCGUCGCGAAGCCGCCGCAAACGCCCUUGUGAGGUGUUGUUUUCAUGCUUAUGCUGACAGUUCAUAUGCUAAGCGCUUGGAAGCCGAACGGUCUCCAUCACAGUUACCUCCGGAACACGACGAGGAAGUGGAAGUAUUCGAUGGAGAUGAGAACCAUAAGGUUUGGGUUGGAGAAAUUGAACGCGAUGACGCAAGCGACGACAUUCCUCAUCCGACUCGGGCGCCGCGUCCUCGGCAGAUCACACGUCCGGCCUCCGUUCCUCCUCCACCUCCGCCGCCCGAAGAGCCUAAGAAGAAAACAUUAACAAAGAAAUCAAAAAAGAAAUCGUCUGCAUCAGUCGAUGAACUAUACGCUACGAUGCCUGGUCCGGCAGCUCUAAUGAACGGGAGAUCAUUGGGGCGGGCACCACCGGCCUGGGCGGCUGCGGGACACCCGAUGGUACUAGUAGCACACCCGGCCGCUACUCUUCCACACGCUAGACCCGCAACAAUGGGUCAUAGAGGUCGUCUUUCGGCGGCCAUAGCACCUGGCCCUUUUCCUCCAGUCCCUCCUCCCGUUCGAGGUCGUAUACAGUACGCAACAGUUGAUCCGAGGCGCUCAAAGCCUCCUCCAUCAGCGAUGAAGGCCGCGCAAAGUAUGACAGGCCUCGAAGCGGUAGAAGACUCUGGAGGUAUCUACAGAAAAAAGGGCCAUUUAAAUGAACGAGCAUUUUCGUAUAGCAUAAGACAAGAACAUAGAAGUCGAUCGCACGGGUCUCUCGCUAAUCUAAAAUUCGCUGCUCCACCUGAGGUGGAGACAGGUCGAGAAGAAUUAAAGAAAGAACGGGAGAUCAUGCAGCUGGUGGCAGGACUGCAGCUCAACUCCGAUGAGGUUGAGCGCCGCGAAGUACCGCCUCAUAUGUUGCGCGCGCGUCAUGGACCCAGAUAACACCACGCCACGAGUGCAGUGCCAUUACAAACGCGAGUUUGAAAAGAAACGAAUGUACAUCUGUUACAUCUGAACGAAACGUGAACCAUGGAAUUACAACGAUAGUCACAAGCGAUCGCGCGAAUUUAGAAAACCGAUUACUAAAUUGAUUCGACGUCAAUACACAACGAUUCAUUUCCAUCGAUUUGUCACGAUCGUUCUUAGAAGAACGCUACAUACGAAUAGCAGAGCGCUAGAGACAAUCUCAAGCAACGAGGCGCUUAGUGUGCUAUUAUUAUCUCAUAAAUCAAAUCAUAAACGCAGUAACUUAACGUCUUGACGUGAUAAUUAAAAAUAAUUAAUUUGAAACUAAAUUUACUUCAACGUCUUGGAACAUUCUAGAUCGUAAAAAAUAUGUUGUGUAAUUAUGAAAAAGGCGAACUACAAAGGAAAAUUUCAAUAAAAUAAAAAUGAAUUAUUAAUAACGAAUUAGUGUUAAAUACUUCCUUUAGUAUUUUAGUUGUUUGUCAGAUAAGGGUUCGUGUUAGUAAAUGAUAUAUUGAGGAAAACAUGAUAACAAACUUGAUCGUUAAUUAUUUUUACAUAUAAAGUCACGCAAGCGUUCUUAAAUCUUGGAAGAGAUCGGAGUUUUUUUUUAUUUGAGGUGUCAUUUAUCAUAUGUUGUAAAAAUAACCAGUCAAUUACAAUAACGAAUGCAAUUUUAGCUAAAUAAUAAUUAAUACAUUAUUCUGAAUAUAAAUAUUAUUUCAUCACGGAAUGUAUAAAAAACAGGUAAAAGUCAAGAUUUCGUAGCUAUUAUCUAAUAUAUUUUUAAAUAUUUUGACACAAACGAUCUGAAGUAUAUUUUUAAUAAUAUUUCAUUAUUAUUAAAAAUGAAGUAUAAAUUACGUCACUGUAAUUAAACGUGUCUUCCGAAGUGUAAAUAUGUAGGUAGUAAUUUUUGCUGGUAUUUUGCUCACCUAUUGUAGAUGUUAAUAAACACUAUUCUGAAAAGACAGAUGUCGAUUAUUAAAAUUAUGUUAUUUCUCAA